AGGCAGAAAAAUAAUCGAUGUAUUUAUAAUUUAGUAUUUUAUUUUAUACCUUAUUCCAUCUUAAAAGAAAUCUAAAUCAAUAUAUUUUUUAAGAAUCUAAAUUAAAAACAAAAAUGCUAAAACCACGCGCAUGCGCAAAGCAUACAAGCCUUAACCGGAAGUUUACAACUCUCAUCUAGCUUCAAGUAGCUAACAAACAUUCGUGUUAUUUAAGAUUUGAGGCGAUUUUAACGAAGACAGAGUUGAAGAUGGUUUGUGAAAAGUGUGAGAAGAAGCUCGGUAAAGUCAUCACUCCGGAUACUUGGAAGGAUGGAGCACGGAAUACCACAGAGAGCGGUGGACGAAAACUGAACGAAAACAAGAUCUUAACUUCUAAGAAAGCCAGGUUUGACCCUUACAGUAAGACAGGAUUUGCUAUCUGCAGGAUCUGCAAGAGCUCAGUUCAUCAGUCUGGAUCACACUACUGCCAGGGCUGUGCCUACAAGAAAGGAAUUUGUGCGAUGUGCGGAAAGAAAGUUUUGGACACCAAGAACUACAAACAGACGUCCGUGUGACAACGUGGUGUGGAUUGGACAAGUCUCGUACAAGCAGAAAGCACAGACUGAAUGAGAGAGAGAGAGAGAGAGAGAGAGAGAGAGAGAAAGAGAUGUGGAUGUAGUUUUGUCUUCUUCUAAUAAAAUAUCACACAAUGCUCCUGGAAACGACUCCAGUGGCCAUACACCACCAGUUAGCACCUGUUCCUCAAGCCAAGGCUUUCUAACCUUCAGUGAGCUGUAAAUGCAAUACCUUGACCUUUUUUUUUUGCUUUGUAAACCUUUGAUUUCUGUAUGUUUGAUUUUUGGUUGAAUUAAAAGCUUCCAAUAUGAAGAGA